GUGGGUGUGAGAUUUUCACUUACUAUACACUACUCUUAUCUAAUCUCAGUCUGGAAUGGAUGACACAGCAGAGCAGGUGUCGAAUUAGAGUGCUAUGUUUCAAGAGGACUAUAUCCACUGAUAAUGGCUGGCAACACGUUUAUAUUACGGCUGUUUUUUGUAACCGUAUCAACGGCUUUUACUAAAGUUCAUCUACAAAAAAUAAUCCCUGAACAUUUGACCAAGUGCUAUGAAUAUCCACCCAAACAACUUCUGCCAAGAACAAUGGACACUCUAAUAGAAAUAAUCAGGAAGAUUGAAUCAGCUCCAGGAUUCAAUAUGGAUAUGAAAAUGUUUGCUACGACUCUGUUACAUAGAUUUCGAGUAGACGGAAUAGAAAGAGAUCCAGAUGUUUUGACAUUGAUAGCAGUUCCUUAUCGAAUAUCGGGAUUCCAAGCCUACAGACAACAAAUUCUAUUUGACUACCUUCUUCCAGUCAGCUCUAGGUACCAUUAUUUCAAUGUUUUGAACGACGUAGAAAAGUGCACUUUACAUCGAAUGCUGUCGAGCACAGUUGAUCCCUGGCAAAGAGGCGACGAAAGCAUGACAUGUCCUCAGACAGUAUUUAGCCCAAUAACGCCAGCGUCGCAGCCGUUGGGAGCGAAGGGUGCGAAAAUGAGCAGUUGCCCUGAGGAGUGGGGCGUGGUGAGCGAGGGCAAGACGGCAGUGAGCGCUGGCACAGUUCUAGCGGCCAUAGCGGCUGCACUCUCGCCUGUCGAGCUGUCGCAGCUGCAGCUGCUGUCCAGUCUGCAGCGCCAGCAGCGCGACUUCAGGCAGGGCCGCACUGCCGACCUUGGCGACAGCUAUGUCAACAACACCUGGGCUGCUACACUGGCAGGAGAUUUAGCAGAAGUGAUUGAGUUCCAAGCAGCCAACGUGGAGGACAUAUUUCUGGGAGCGAAUGGGGUGUGGAACGACACAAUCAUCCCGACUGCUUACUACUUCACAUCGCUUGAGAAGAAACGCAUCGAGAAAAAAACUUGGCAAAUCACUGAUGCUGAGGCUCUAGGAGGGGUUGAUGGACUGAUUCUAGCCCGAGAAGUUUCCUCAUUGACAAAUAACAUGUACCAACCAAGGCUGUCACAGGUUAUUGAGAUGUACUACUCCACAAAAGGACUGUUUCUGAAUAGCAAUAUACAGGCAUGCUAUCGGGAGCAAAACAUUAAAAAUAUAAUGCAGAGCGAGAAACAGAAUCUUCUUUCACAGAUUGUGAGAUUUGCUGAGCUACUAGAUGCAAAAACAACCAGCUACAUAAUAGAUAAAUCUUUUAUUGCGGAUGCUGCACGUCAGACAGUCGACAGAUUUUCAAGUUAUUUAUCGGAUCUACUGAAAGGAACCAAGUGUGAGGAGCAAAUUAUAAGGAAAGCGAAAAUCUAUCUAACGUUUGUGAUCGAUCAAACCUGGCCAACUUACAAAACACUACAAUUGAUAAUGUAUUUGAGCAGAGCGUUAGACGCUUCAAGUUAUGGGAGCACAAUAUCAGUUCUGAAUGGACAGACUGGAUAUACAAUAGUUGAUGAUGCCCAGAACACAUCUUCCAUCUACUCAAAUUGGACAUCAAGUCCACAUACAGAGCCAUACGGCCUCAGCCUCCCAAAUGCAUUGAUUACUCUGAAGCAAAGACUUGAAGAUAGGAUGGGAAAAGUGAAGAAUGGAAACAUCUAUACAAGCUCCAGUUGCGUAGCUCUAAUUAUGGGCUACAGUACGAAUAUACCAGACUCGGAUUAUGAGAGAGCCAAAAGUCUAAUCAGCAGCAUAAAAGCUUUGAAUCCAGAUCUACGUUUAAUUUAUGUAGCAUCAUGGCGCAAUAACUUUAUGUAUGCGCGUCUAACCGAAUCAACCGACUCACAUGAUGAUAAAGUGGUUACAAUAGAUGCUGAUGGCUCAAUUCCACUCAGAGCUUUCCUGCCUCAACUUCAAGAUCCGCUUUUAUCCGUACCUCGGAGUUUGAAAGCACCUUUCUGUAGCAACGGACAAAGCGAGUCUUAUUAUGAAGAGUACAUAACACCAGGUCAGCCUUUGAAGUAUAGAAUACAUCCGGCCUAUUUGUGCGGAUCAGAUGAACUAACAAUUAAGGUGACAAAUAGAGAGUACGGUAGCAUCCAGGUGUGUAAAUCUCGUUCGGAGAAAGCAAGUGGGGACUAUGCAUGUCGAUCUCUGAGGCCAUAUGAGGAACAUUAUUUCACGAUACAAAACCCCUGUCAGAAGAGCCGGUACUACAGAGGAGAGGGACUGCAAUGGUCUGAAGGCUGCAUGCCAAUUUACAUCGAUGUGACUGUUUAUUCCACUUUGAAUAAAUGCACUGAAACCAAAUGCAGAUUUCCUGAUCAGGUGAAGUUCAAUAUAGCUGUGAAAGGACUGCAAUGCGUUGAACCCUACAGGUCUAUUUGCUCUUCAGCAACAAACCUCAUCUCACAGUUUGGGCUUCUAAUUUGUACUCUUCUAACAAUAUCACUCUACGCUGCAAGUCAUGUUUGAUUUAACUUCCUGUACAAAGUUUGAUGUCUCAUCAUGGAAAGAGAGGACAUUGUCUCCUGUACUCAUCAUGUCUAUAGCGCCGUACACACAGGGACAAUAGUAGGGUCCACUAGACCUGAACUAUAGUCUAUAGUUCUAUAGCUGGUUAUAAAAUUCUUGCUUUUAUUUUUCUAGAGUGAAGGGGUUUGGACGCUGCAAAGUCCCUGUAUAAUGGCGUUUAGCCACAACUAAAGCGCCGUACACAGGGGCAAUAGUGGCGCCCACUAGACCUGGACUUUAGUGUAAAAUUCCUGCUUUUAUUUUCCUAGAGAGAAGGGGUUCAGACGCUGCAAUGUCCCUGUGUAAUGGCAUUUUGCACUUACUUACAGCUAUUAGUGGACGCUACUAUUGUCUCUGUGGGGACAGUGCUUUAAUAAUUGACACUAAAUUUAAAUUAAUAAAGCUGAUGAGUAAGUUAGUGCAAAGAGAACAUUUUCAAUUAUAUUUUAUCUAUAUUCGUUAAUUUUUCAUUGUUGAAACAUCCUUGUUGAUAUUAUGAGAGCAGAAUAAAUUUUAAGACUUCAACUAUUAAUCUCAUAGUUCAGUGCUGUUGAUAGUUUGCUUGUAUUGUAAAUAAAGUUUCAGGUUAUUUA